GCUAGAGAUUCGGCGUCCCCUUCAACCUCGUCCUUCUGCCUCGGGGUUCCAGUGGCCACUUCCAGCCACGUACAGAUACAGAAGAAGCUGCGUUUUGAAGACACCCUGGAGUUUGUAGGGUUUGAUACGAAAAUGGCUGAGGAAUCCUCCUCCUCAUCUUCCUCAUCUUCGCCAACCGCUGCAAUCUCACAGCAGCAGCAGCAGCAGCAGCAGCAGCAGCAGCAGCAGCAGCAACUUAAAAAUAAGAGUAUAUUAAUUUCUUCUGUGGCUUCAGUGCACCAUGCAAACGGUCUGACCAAAUCAUCCACCACGGUCUCUAGCUUUGCUAACAGCAAGCCUGGCUCGGCUAAGAAGUUAGUGAUCAAGAACUUUAAAGAUAAGCCUAAAUUACCAGAAAACUAUACGGAUGAGACAUGGCAGAAGCUAAAAGAAGCAGUGGAAGCUAUUCAGAAUAGUACUUCAAUUAAGUACAAUUUAGAAGAACUCUACCAGGCUGUAGAAAAUCUUUGCUCUUACAAGAUAUCUGCAAAUUUGUAUAAGCAACUGAGGCAGAUCUGUGAAGAUCACAUCAGAGCACAGAUUCACCAAUUCAGAGAGGAUUCUUUGGAUAGUGUUCUCUUUCUAAAGAAGAUAGAUAAAUGCUGGCAGAAUCAUUGUAGGCAAAUGAUAAUGAUCAGGAGCAUUUUUUUGUUUCUGGAUAGAACUUAUGUUCUUCAGAAUUCAAUGCUACCCUCCAUUUGGGACAUGGGAUUAGAGUUAUUUAGGGCUCAUAUUAUAAGUGAUCAAAAAGUCCAGACGAAAACAAUUGAUGGCAUCCUUCUCUUGAUUGAGAGAGAGCGAAAUGGUGAAGCAAUUGAUAGAAGUUUACUUCGAAGCCUUUUAAGUAUGCUGUCUGAUUUGCAAAUUUACCAAGACUCUUUUGAACAACGAUUUUUAGAAGAAACUAACCGGCUUUAUGCAGCUGAAGGUCAAAAGUUAAUGCAAGAAAGAGAGGUUCCUGAGUAUCUUCAUCAUGUUAAUAAACGCCUAGAAGAAGAAGCAGACAGACUUAUUACUUACUUAGAUCAGACCACCCAGAAGUCACUAAUUGCUUCUGUUGAAAAACAACUUCUAGGUGAACACUUAGCAGCAAUUCUUCAGAAAGGUUUAAAUAACCUCCUUGAUGAAAACCGAAUUCAAGAUUUGUGUCUCCUGUAUCAGCUCUUCAGUAGAGUUCGAGGUGGAGUUCAGGUUCUCUUACAGCAAUGGAUUGAGUAUAUCAAGGCUUUUGGAAGUACUAUUGUUAUCAACCCUGAAAAAGAUAAAACCAUGGUUCAGGAGCUGUUGGACUUUAAAGAUAAAGUUGAUCAUAUAAUUGAUAUCUGCUUCCUGAAAAAUGAAAAAUUUAUCAAUGCUAUGAAAGAAGCAUUUGAAACAUUCAUUAAUAAGAGACCAAAUAAACCAGCUGAACUCAUAGCUAAGUAUGUGGAUUCAAAACUUCGUGCAGGCAACAAAGAAGCUACAGACGAAGAGCUGGAGAAAAUGUUGGAUAAAAUAAUGAUUAUAUUUAGAUUUAUCUAUGGCAAAGAUGUUUUUGAGGCCUUCUAUAAGAAAGAUUUAGCCAAACGCCUAUUAGUUGGCAAGAGUGCAUCUGUAGAUGCUGAAAAGUCAAUGCUGUCCAAACUGAAACAUGAAUGUGGAGCUGCGUUCACCAGCAAGCUUGAAGGGAUGUUUAAAGACAUGGAGCUUUCUAAAGACAUCAUGAUUCAGUUCAAACAGUAUAUGCAGAACCAGAAUGUACCUGGCAAUAUCGAAUUAACUGUGAAUAUCCUGACAAUGGGUUACUGGCCAACAUAUGUGCCUAUGGAAGUCCAUUUGCCACCAGAGAUGGUAAAGCUUCAGGAAAUUUUCAAGACAUUUUACUUAGGCAAACACAGUGGCAGGAAACUCCAGUGGCAGUCAACCUUGGGACACUGUGUACUAAAAGCUGAAUUUAAAGAGGGCAAAAAAGAACUUCAGGUCUCUCUUUUUCAAACCCUGGUGCUGCUAAUGUUUAAUGAAGGGGAGGAAUUCAGUUUAGAAGACAUCAAGCAAGCUACUGGGAUAGAGGAUGGAGAAUUAAGGAGAACCCUGCAAUCACUAGCCUGUGGCAAAGCUAGAGUUCUCACUAAAAAUCCAAAGGGCAAAGAUAUCGAAGAUGGUGACAAAUUCAUUUGUAAUGAUGAUUUCAAACACAAACUAUUCAGGAUAAAGAUCAAUCAAAUCCAAAUGAAAGAAACGGUUGAAGAACAAGCAAGCACUACAGAAAGAGUAUUUCAAGAUAGACAAUACCAAAUUGAUGCUGCGAUUGUCCGAAUUAUGAAGAUGAGGAAAACACUUAGCCACAAUCUUCUUGUCUCAGAGGUCUACAAUCAGCUGAAAUUUCCAGUAAAACCUGCAGAUCUAAAGAAGAGAAUAGAAUCCCUAAUUGACCGGGACUACAUGGAAAGAGAUAAAGAAAACCCAAAUCAGUACAACUAUAUUGCAUAGAAUGUUGGCCUUGGAACAAUUGUUGUCAUAUGCCGUAGCCAAUGGAUAAACUAACUUGUUGAAUCUCGUAUUAUUUGACUUCUUUUAUACUUCUGAUGACCAAAUGAAGCAGUGUAAUGGAAA